AUGAGUAAAGUGGACGAGUUCGAGCGAUUUCGACUCGAGACGCCACCGUGGAAAGUAGCGCUAAUCCUGAUCUUUACUCCGUUGCCUUGGUUAAUUAUUAAUCUCCUGUUGGAAUUGAUCCCUCUCACUGACCCAUCUGCUGGAUUUUGGGGCUCUGGGUGCUACCAGCUCCGGAUGUUCUUCAUCUCGAUCUUCAGCAGUAUCGCCCCCGCCGCCCAGAAGCUCGAUUGUGUUCCAGGGUUUCCAGUUCGAUCUGUAAGAGCUCUUCCACUGUACGGACUAUUCCAAGGCUGUGUCUGUAUAGGCACCAAUAUGAUUAUUUCGCUGGCAGCAGGGGUCUUCCCUGUACCGUUCAGUCAAUUCACGUGCAUAAUCCCCAUGGUGAUCAGUGGCAGACUCGUUUUCUUUCGCAAGUGA